CCCAAAGUCACCGUAAUGCCCAAAAACCAGUCUUUCACAGGAGGGUCUGAGGUCUCCAUCAUGUGUUCUGCAACAGGUUAUCCGAAACCAAAGAUCUCCUGGACCAUUAAUGAUAUGUUUAUCGUGGGUUCACACAGGUAUAGGAUGACCUCAGAAGGUACCUUAUUUAUCAAAAAUGCAGUUCCCAAAGAUGCAGGGGUCUAUGGUUGCCUGGCAAGUAAUUCAGCUGGAACAGAUAAACAGACUUCUACCCUCAGAUACAUUGAAGCCCCAAAGUUGAUCGUAGUUCAGAGUGAGCUCUUGGUUGCCCUUGGGGAUACAACCGUUAUGGAAUGCAAAACCUCCGGUGUUCCUCCACCUCAAGUUAAAUGGUUUAAAGGAGAUCUUGAGUUGAGGUCCUCGGCAUUCCUCAUUAUUGACCCUCUCUUGGGACUUUUGAAGAUUCAAGAAACGCAAGAUCUGGAUGCUGGUGAUUAUACCUGUGUAGCCAUCAAUGAUGCUGGAAGAGCGACUGGCAAGAUAACCCUGGAUGUUGGCUACUUAUGGGCAAGUGAUAAAGGAACCUAUAUUUGUGAAGCAGAAAACCAGUUUGGAAAGAUCCAGUCAGAGACAACAAUAACAGUGACAGGACUCGCAUGUUUGGUCCAAAAUCCUUACAUCACGGUGCGCAGCGAUGGGAGCCUCCAUAUUGAAAGAGUUCAGCUUCAGGAUGGCGGCGAAUAUACUUGCGUGGCCAGUAAUGUUGCUGGAACCAGUAACAAAACCACCUCCGUUGUCGUGCAUGUUCUGCCAACCAUUCAGCACGGGCAGCAGAUACUCAGUACGAUUGAGGGCGUUCCAGUAACUUUACCAUGCAAAGCAAGUGGAGUGCCCAAGCCAUCUAUCGUCUGGUCCAAGAAAGGAGAGCUGAUUUCGACCAGCAGUGCUAAAUUUUCCGCAGGGGCUGAUGGAAGUCUGUAUGUGGUGUCCCCAGGAGGUGAAGAGAGUGGGGAGUAUGUCUGCACUGCCACCAACGCAGCUGGCUACGCCAAAAGGAAAGUGCAGCUGACGGUCUAUGUAAGGCCCAGAGUGUUUGGGGACCAACGAGGACUGUCCCAGGAUAAGCCUGUUGAGAUCUCCGUCCUUGCCGGGGAAGAGGUGACGCUUCCGUGUGAAGUGAAGAGCUCACCCCCACCCAUAAUUACCUGGGCCAAAGAAACCCAGCUCAUCUCUCCGUUCUCUCCAAGACACAUGUUCCUCCCUUCUGGUUCAAUGAAGAUCACUGAGACCCGGAUUUCAGAUAGUGGGAUGUAUCUUUGUGUUGCCACAAAUAUUGCUGGGAAUGUGACUCAGUCUGUUAAAUUAAAUGUCCAUGUUCCUGCAAAGAUUCAGCGUGGCCCUAAACAUAUGAAAGUCCAAGUUGGUCAAAGAGUGGAUAUUCCAUGUAAUGUUCAAGGGACACCUCUUCCUGUAAUCACCUGGUUUAAAGAUGGGAGCACCAUGCUGGCUGACGGAGUGCAGCAUAUCAGCAAUCCAGAUGGAACUUUAAGCAUCCGCCAAGCCAUGCCCUCAGACGCUGGCGUAUAUACAUGUGUUGCUACUAACAUAGCAGGCAGUGAUGAAACUGAGAUAACACUACAUGUCCAAGAACCACCUACAGUGGAAGAUCUAGAACCUCCCUAUAAUACUCCAUUCCAAGAAAGAGUGGUCAGUCAACGCAUUGCAUUUCCGUGUCCUGCAAAAGGUACUCCUAAACCAGCCAUCAAAUGGUUACACAAUGGUAGAGAGUUGACAGGCCGAGAGCCUGGUAUUUCUAUCUUGGAAGAUGGCACGUUGUUGGCUAUUGCCUCUGUUACACCGUAUGACAACGGGGAGUACAUCUGUGUGGCAGUCAACGAAGCUGGAACCACAGAAAGAAAAUAUAACCUCAGAGUCCAUGUUCCUCCAGUAAUUAAAGAUAAAGAACAAGUAACAAACGUGUCGGUGAUGGUAAAUCAGCUGACCAGUCUGUUUUGUGAAGUGGAAGGUACUCCAUCUCCCAUCAUUGCAUGGUAUAAAGAUGAUGUCCAGGUGACUGAAAGCAGUGCUAUUCAGAUCGUGAACAAUGGGAAGAUACUAAAGCUCUUCAAAGCCACUCCAGAGGAUGCGGGAAGAUAUUACUGCAAAGCAACUAACAUAGCAGGCGCUUCCCAGAAGUACUUUAACAUCGAUGUGCUAGUUCCACCUACCAUAAUAGGUGCCAACUCCCCAAAUGAAGUCUCAGUUGUCCUCAACCAUGACACCACCCUUGAAUGCCGAGCCAAAGGCACUCCCUUUCCUGUUAUUCAGUGGUUCAAAGAUGGCAAGCCUUUAUUUUUGGGAGAUCCUAAUAUUGAACUCCUAGAUAGAGGACAAGUUUUACAUCUAAAGAAUGCACGAAGAAGUGACAAGGGGCGCUAUCAAUGUACCGUGUCUAAUGCAGCUGGCAAACAAGCCAAGGAUAUAAAACUGACAAUCUAUAGUUUUUCAUUUUUGACCUGCCUGGCCCCUGUAGAUGAAGUUGUUGACCUGUUACUAGAAAGGUUCCUUGAUCAUAUAGCACAACGGCAAUCUAGAGCUCCAUCAGCUGCUACUGUGUGCUCGGAUGCGCUAGUGCCAGCUCUGGGUGAAGAGUGGUCCAUUUUAAAGUCCUUAGCGGCUUAUCUCCGAAGUUGCCGGUGCUGGGGCGCUUAUGGCAAGCUCCGGACAGUCCAAAAAGCUAAGUCAGUGCGGAUCGGAUCCGCGAAGGCAGACCUGGCGACUUCUCCACAUACUUGGGGACUUGUCCACGUACCUGGCGACUUCUCCGCCUACCCUCAGAAGCGGGAACAGGUACGGGCGCUUCACCCUCCUCGCAAGAGGGCAAAGCCCCCGGUGGCUUCUUCGACCCCCAAGCAGUAUACUGAUAAAGGGCAAUUUCUUCAUAUUCCUCGAGCACAAGUCUCUGAUUCAGCAACAUACACGUGUCAUGUAACCAAUGUUGCUGGGACUGCUGAAAAGUCAUUCCAUGUGGAAGUCUAUGUUCCCCCAAUGAUUGAAGAUGACUUGGCCACACCUUUGAAUAAGCAAGUAGUUAUUAACCAUUCACUGACACUGGAGUGCAAAGCUGCCGGCAACCCGCCUCCAAAUCUCACCUGGUUGAAAGACAGUGUACCUGUGAUGACCAGUGACAACAUCCGCAUAGAAGCUGGUGGGAAGAAACUCGAGAUUAUGAGUGCCCAAGAAGUAGAUCGGGGGCAGUAUAUAUGUGUGGCUACCAGUGUGGCAGGAGAAAAGGAAAUCAAAUAUGAAGUUGAUGUCUUGGUGCCACCAGCCAUAGAAGGAGGAGAUGAAACAUCGUACUUCAUCGUGAUGGUUAAUAACUUACUGGAGCUAGAUUGUCAAGUGACAGGCUCUCCCCCACCAACUAUCAUGUGGCUGAAGGAUGGCCAGCUAAUUGAUGAAAGGGAUGGAUUCAAGAUUUUACUAAAUGGGCACAAACUAAUUAUUGCUCAGGCUCAAGUGUCAGACACAGGCCUUUAUCGGUGUGUGGCAACAAACACUGCUGGGGACCACAAGAAGGAAUUUGAAGUGACUGUUCAUGUUCCUCCAACAAUCAAGUCCUCAGGCCUUCCUGAGAGAGCUGUGGUGAAAUAUAAGCCUGUCACUUUGCAGUGCAUAGCCAGUGGCAUUCCAGAUCCAUCCAUUACAUGGUUAAAAGAUGACCAACCUGUGAACACUGCCCAAGGAAACCUCAAAAUACAGUCUUCUGGUCGAGUUCUACAAAUUGCCAAAGCCCUGUUAGAAGAUGCUGGCAGAUAUACAUGUGUGGCUACCAAUGCAGCUGGAGAAACACAGCAGCACAUUCAACUGCACGUGCACGAACCGCCCCGUCUGGAAGACGCAGGGAAGGUGCUGAAUGAGACCGUGGUGGAAAACAGCCCCGUACAGCUCGAGUGCAAGGCGGCUGGGAACCCUCCGCCUGUUAUUACAUGGUACAAAGAGAAUCGUCCACUGUCAGCUUCCGCCAGCAUGAGUUUCUUGAACAGAGGGCAGAUCCUUGCUAUAGAAAGUGCCCAAGUAUCAGAUGCUGGCCUGUAUAAGUGUGUGGCCAUUAACUCAGCUGGAGCGACAGAGUUGUUUUACAGUCUGCAAGUUCAUGUGCCCCCAUCAAUUUCUGGCAGCAGUGACAUGGUGGCCGUGGUGGUUAAUAAUCUGGUGAGGUUAGAAUGUGAAGCCAGAGGCCUCCCUGCCCCAAGUCUGACCUGGUUGAAAGAUGGGAGCCCUGUCUCUAGCUUUGCUAAUGGAAUACAGGUUCUCUCUGGGGGUCGCAUCCUAGCGUUGACCAGUGCACAAAUCAGUGACACGGGAACAUACACCUGCGUGGCAGUGAACGCUGCUGGGGAGAAACAAAGGGACAUCGACCUCAGAGUGUAUGCUCCACCAAAUAUUAUGGGAGAAGAACAAAACGUCUCUGUCGUCAUUGGCCAGGCUGUGGAGUUACUAUGUCAGAGUGAUGCUAUUCCCACACCUACUCUUACUUGGUUAAAAGAUGGCCGCCACCUGCUGAAGAAACCAAGCCUCAGUAUCUCUGAAAAUGGAAGUGUGUUAAAGCCUCUUGGUAAAGGAAGGCUAUUACUGGUAAACAAAGAGAAUCUUGAGAAAUGGAAGGUGGAUGUUGGUAUACAGGAAGUUCGACCAACCAUAACCAACAGUGGCAGCCACCCUACUGAAAUUAUUGUGAUUCGAGGCAAGAGUAUUUCCUUGGAGUGUGAGGUGCAGGGUAUUCCUCAACCAACAGUCACCUGGAUGAAAGAUGGCCGCCCCUUGACCAAGGCAAGAGGAGUGGAAAUAUUGGAUGAAGGUCGCAUCCUUCAGCUGAAGAACAUUCAUGUAUCUGACACAGGCCGUUAUGUGUGUGUUGCUGUAAAUGUAGCAGGAAUGACUGACAGAAAAUAUGACUUAAGUGUACAUGCCCCUCCAAGCAUCACAGGAAACCAUGGGGCACCUGAAAAUAUCAGUGUGGUGGAAAAGAACUCUGUGUCCUUGACUUGUGAAGCUUCGGGAAUUCCCCUGCCUUCAAUAACCUGGCUUAAAGAUGGGUGGCCUGUCAGCCUUAGCAGUUCUGUGAGGGUUCUCUCAGUGCCUCCUCAUAUUGUGGGUGAAAAUACUUUGGAAGAUGUGAAGGUAAAAGAGAAACAGAGUGUCAUGCUGACUUGUGAAGUGACAGGGAAUCCAGUACCAAAAAUCACCUGGCACAAAGAUGGACAGCUUGUUCAAGAAGAUGAAGCCCAUCACAUUGCGUCUGGUGGCCAUUUUCUUCAAAUUACCAACGCCCAAGUGUCAGACACUGGAAGAUAUACAUGCUUGGCUUCUAAUACAGCUGGAGACAAGAGCAAAAGUUUCAGUCUUAACGUGUUUGUAUCUCCUACAAUUGCUGGUGUAGGUAGUGACGGCAGCCAUGAAGAUGUCACUGUUAUCCUGAACAACCCCACCUCUUUGGUGUGUGAAGCUUAUUCAUAUCCUCCAGCUACCAUCACCUGGUUUAAGGAUGGAGCUCCUUUAGAAUCUAACCAAAAUAUUCGUAUUCUUCCAGGAGGUAGGACACUGCAGAUCCUCAAUGCACAGGAGGACAAUGCUGGAAGAUACUCUUGUGUAGCCACUAAUGAGGCUGGGGAAAUGAUAAAGCACUAUGAAGUGAAGGUCUACAUUCCACCCAUAAUCAAUAAAGGGGACCUUUUUGGGCCAGGCCUUUCCCCUAAAGAAGUGAAAAUCAAAGUAAACAACACUUUGACCUUGGAAUGUGAAGCUUAUGCAAUUCCUUCCGCCUCCCUCAGCUGGUACAAGGAUGGACAGCCCCUUAAAUCAGAUGAUCAUGUUAAUAUCGCUGUGAAUGGACACACACUUCAAAUAAAGGAGACUCAAAUAUCAGAUACCGGGCGAUAUACUUGUGUAGCAUCUAACAUUGCAGGUGAAGAUGAAUUGGAUUUUGAUGUGAAUAUACAAGUUCCUCCAAGUUUUCAGAAACUCUGGGAAAUAGGAAACAUGCUAGAUACUGGCAGGAGUGGUGAAGCCAAAGAUGUGAUCAUCAACAAUCCCAUUUCUCUUUACUGUGAGACAAAUGCUGCUCCUCCUCCUACACUGACGUGGUACAAAGAUGGCCAUCCUCUGACCUCGAGUGAUAAAGUAUUGAUUUUGCCAGGAGGGCGAGUGUUGCAGAUCCCCCGGGCUAAGGUAGAAGAUGCUGGGAGGUAUACAUGUGUGGCUGCGAACGAGGCUGGAGAAGAUUCCCUGCAGUAUGACGUCCGUGUACUCUUGCCACCAAUUAUCAAGGGAGCAAAUAGUGACCUCCCCGAAGAGGUCACUGUGCUCGUGAACAAGAGCACACGGAUGGAGUGUUUAUCCAGCGGCAGCCCGGCACCAAGGAACUCCUGGCAGAAAGAUGGACAGCCCUUGCUAGAAGACGACCAUCAUAAAUUUCUAUCUAAUGGAAGAAUUCUGCAGAUUCUGAAUACUCAAAUAAUAGAUAUCGGCAGGUAUGUGUGUGUGGCUGAGAACACAGCUGGAAGUGCCAAAAAAUAUUUUAACCUCAAUGUUCAUGUUCCUCCAAGUGUCGUUGGUCCUAACCCUGAAAAUCUUACUGUUGUGGUGAACAAUUUCAUCUCUUUGACCUGCGAGGUCUCUGGUUUUCCACCCCCUGAUCUCAGCUGGCUGAAGAAUGAACAGCCUAUCAAGCUAAACACAAAUGCUCUUAUUGUUCCUGGUGGUCGAACUCUACAAAUUCUCCGGGCUAAGGUAUCUGAUGGUGGUGAAUACACUUGUAUAGCUAUCAACCAAGCUGGUGAAAGCAAGAAAAAGGUUUCCCUGACAGUUUAUGUGCCCCCGAGCAUUAAAGAUCAUGGCAGUGAAUCUCUUUCUGUAGUUAACGUAAGAGAGGGAACUUCAGUGUCAUUGGAGUGCGAGUCAAACGCUGUCCCACCUCCAGUCGUCACUUGGUAUAAGAAUGGGCGAAUGAUAGCAGAGUCUACUCACUUGGAGAUUUUAGCUGAUGGACAAAUGCUGCACAUCCAGAAAGCUGAGGUAUCUGACACAGGCCAGUAUGUAUGUAGAGCUAUAAAUGUAGCAGGACGGGAUGAUAAAAAUUUCCACCUCAAUGUAUAUGUGCCACCCAGUAUUGAAGGGCCUGAAAAAGAAGUGGUUGUGGAGACUGUCAGCAAUCCUGUGACCUUAACAUGUGAUGCCACCGGGAUCCCCCCUCCCACGGUAGCAUGGUUAAAGAACCACAAGCCUAUAGAAAAUUCUGACUCACUUGAAGUUCAUAUUUUGUCUGGAGGUAGUAAACUCCAAAUCGCCCGGUCUCAGCGUUCAGACAGUGGCAACUAUACAUGCAUUGCAUCCAAUAUGGAAGGAAAAGCACAGAAAAAUUACAUUCUUUCAAUUCAAG